AUGUCCGCCCCCGUACCGCGUUGCGGGACAUGCAAUUUCACAUUUGACUCUGUUGAGGCAGUGCGUAAGCACUAUGAGUCCGACUACCACUUGAACAAUGUUCGCCUGCGCGUUGAGGGCCGGCGCCCACUGACCGCACAGGAGCACAGACGUGUCCGAAUUGCGGAGCAAGACGAUGUGGACAAAGAUGGGAAGCCGACCUUUGCUUGCAAAUUGUGCAAAAAGACAUUUCAUUCUGUGCAGACCCUCCAGGCUCAUGUUCGCUCGACGGCACAUCUUAUGAAGAAGGAGCAACGCAUCAUUGCACGUGACUCGGAUGCAUUGAGCGCUAUUACAAGUACCUCGUUGGGAAGCGCUGCAAUGGGCUUGCAUCGCCGUCACAAUGCGAAGUGCGCAAAGCAGCCCGCUCAAGCAACAAAACCCAAGAAUUUGUUGAAGGUUGGCCUGGAUGAACGGGAGGAAGACGUGAGUGAAGUGCGCUGCCUCUUUUGUGGUGCCCUGUCGGAUAACGUGGAAGCCAACCUGCAGCACAUGAACACCAUCCAUGAGUUUGUUGUUCCGCUUAAACACAGGUGCCGUGACGUAGUAGGACUGCUGGCGUACCUCGCUCGCAAAACAAAUGGUCUGUUGUGUCUUGUUUGUGGUGAAAAAACAAAAAUGUUUGCCUCUCUAGAGGCUCUGAGAGCACACAUGCGAGAGAAGAAUCAUGAGCGCAUCAUACUUGGUCCUGAGUACGAGGAAUUCUACAAUACCAGCCUUGGUGACGCCGAUUGUGUUGAUCUAUUAGCCCCCAACACCGCCAAUUUGGCUCUUCGUGACUCUGGGCGCGUCGUUCAACGAAGGGAGAGAGGGCUGCCUCGACCAAGAAAGAAGGAAAGUGAAACACAAUCCGAAAAGCGCCGGGCUAUACUUGCGGCUGACAAGGAGGCCAUGGCAGUGGCACGGAAAGAAUGCCAGGAGGUGUUGCGUGUGCAAAAUAAGGAGGCGCAAAGAAUUUUAAGGAGGCAGAAUGGCGAAUAUCAGGACCACCUGCUCAAAGUGAAUCUGCGAACUAACAAACUGCAUCCAAAGGGAUACGAUGGAGAAGGUAAGAUAAACUAA